GUUUGGGAUGAAGUCCCUUGUGUGGUGUCGCAGUGUUUAUAUAUAUGUAGCGCCGGCACGCCUACCGACCGUAUUACUGCGCCUGGCGUAUGUUCAGUGUGCGGAAGGGAAAGUGACAGGAAGGUUGGGGGAGUGGGCGUGGCUUGUAGUCGGGAAGCGCCUGAGAGUUAAACAUGAGCUUCACGGACAGUGUGCCGGAUCCAUCUCUUUACACUGUGAAAGCCUUCAUUAUUCUGGACCACGAUGGACGCAGACUUCUCGCCAAAUACUACGGCGAUGCCUACCCAUCCUUGGCAGAGCAGCAAGAGUUUGAGAAGCAGAUUUUCAGAAGGAGUUAUAAAGCAGACAAUGAAGUGCUGCUUGUGGACAGUGUGACUGCCUUGUGUCAGAAAUUAUCCGACAUCACGUGUUACAUCAUUGGCGGCCCCCACGAGAAUGAGCUUCUCCUUCUAGCUGCCCUGACUUGUAUUUGUGAAAGUCUGUGCCACAUGCUGCGGAAACAUGUGGACCGGAGCUCCCUGCUGGAGAACAUGGAUACAGCCUUCCUCGUCCUGGAUGAGAUCAUAGACCAGGGGGUGAUUCUAGAGAGCGAUUAUCAGCAGGUUGUGCAGCGACUCAGCUUCAAGACCAUCUCGGAACCUGCCUUCGGCUUUGUGCUGUUUGACUAUCUGACUGGCAGCGGAGACCAGGGCACAUCCCAAAAAGACCAGUCGUAGUGCAAGCCUGGAAAGUGUGCUGCUUGUCCUGCUAUUCCACUGUGCCACAGCUGAGUUUGCUUUAAUGUCUGUUUAUAUCAGACUUGUGUCAGUUGAGUAGCUAAGCAUGCUGGGGGUUGUAGUUGUUGGCAGCUGCCGAGCCGUGCCUUUGAGAUUUCCCAACUAUACAGAACCCCUUUGGAUAAGUGUCAUUAUUUCUAUUGUUGGAAAACAUGGCCAGAUGUCUCUGCAAAUGAGUUUUGUAAUUAGGGCCUGGCACUGCACCCAAAUAAAGAGAAAAAAAACAGCUUUCAACCAAA